ACGAACAUUGUUUUUUUUAAUUUUUUUCAAUUCUUAGAAAUGUUUAAUAAAAUGUCACGCGAUACCUGUUAGUUUUUAAUCAUUCUCUGCUUAUUAUGGAGUAUAGAGGGUAGUACCCUUAAUUUUAUUUUUUAUAGUAUAAUAUUAUAGACUUAUCCAAUGCAAGUACAUCUCGACACAUUAUCUGAUUUCGAGGAAUUCGAGCACGAUACCAGUGUAGAUUCAAAAGUCGCUUUAAUGUCCUCAAAAAUUAUGGAAACACGUUAUUACGAGGGAUGUGGACGAGAGGGUCCCAUCCGCUGCAUCUUCCUGGGAGAGUUCCAUCCGGUAGCAGGACCCAAAAUAUCGUGCCAGUUUCCUGAAGACUAUGUGUCCAAGGAGCUGUUUGAUUCAAUAAGUGCUUACAUCAUUCCAAAACCACAAAUACAGAAAUGCACAAUGACAAUUAACGCCCUCGGUCACAAAAUCAUCGGCUAUCCCAUACGAAUAGAAAACUCGAGGUAUGAACGGAACAUGUAUCUGUUCAAUCUCUGCUUUGUCUGCGACAGUUGGUCGAAGACUGUUCAAUAUGAACCCGUUGUGAAGAAGCUCGGAGAGCACUUGACGAUCAUGGAAGAGGAGACCCGUUUUGUUUCAAGUGGCUCCAGCAAACUACCGACCCUGCUAGCACACUUACUCCACGAUUUGAACACUUACAGGAAAGCGACGCUCGUUGAGGGCGACACGGUGAUGCACCUCAAAGUACUGGAAGUGAGAAAAGAUCCAACCCCCGUCCAUGAUUUUGAUGUUCCUGUACUGGUGGCUUCGGUAGGGCUUCCGCGACCGGGGCGCCCGCCGCGUGUGCCCCCCGGACCACAAGAGGAGUCCGAGCAGAGCCAGGAACACAUCGAAGUUGAAGAAGAACCCUUUGAGGUGCACCUAGACGCCGACUGGGAUCUCACAACAAGACAGCUUCUUCCUCACAUAAACGGUUACAACCACAUCUCGAAGAUAGCUUCGGACACCAACGUUGAAAAGACACUCGUCAAGUCGUGUAUACAAAACUUGGUGUACUACGGAGUGGUGACUCUGAUACCCGUGCUCAAGUUCAGCAACAUGUACCGAGCCACACCUAACCUGAGCCGAUUAAUGAACGAUCAUGACAUGCAGCACUCGUGUCUGAAGUACAUCAACAACGACUGUGAGGGGAAGGACAAGCCGUCACUGUCCGACGUGGUGGGUGUGCUGUGUUCACUGCAGCAGGGUACAACGUUGCGUGCGGUGUGCGAUCGGCACUUCACAUCCCCCGGGGUGCCGUUCGAUGUGAGACGGCUGAUAGUGUUCGCACAAAUACACGGCCUCGUAAAGUGUCUUAAGAGGUAUCCAGUCUAUAUCCGGAACCCGACACGUCAGAACGGCUACAGAGUCGACUCUAUAAUAGGUAUACGAAGGCUGUUCACUGGCAGGCAUAACGUGGACGAGAUAUGCUGCCUAGCCCGCAUUGACCUCCCUACCCUCGAUCAGAUUAUAGAAGACGAUCCCAACGUUAUUAUAAUAUGGAGAUAGGCGACAGCUUUGAUAUGGAAGCCACAUGCAAAUAACACUUACGGGGCUAUUAUAUAACCCCGUGAUCAACAACUGGAUUUCUGGGGUAACAGAAUCACCCCGUUAUAUUAUGUAGCAGGUAAAUUGUGAAGGCUGGUGAUGAUUUUUUUUUUUCAUGCUAAAUUAUCUUUCUUCCUCUAAGAUCUUCAUAAUAUAUCGAUCAUAGUUCCUACAAUAUAUAUAUAUAUACAUCAGCUGUUCGUUAUGAAUGUAAGCUCUAAUUUAAAUAACAUUUUUGUUACAAUUGUUAAAGUCGUAUACUUGAUGCGACAUUGGAAACCGCCUUGAAAUAAUUAAUGUUAAGCUAUCUGUUCCAGUUUCCGUCGAAAAGUAUAAAAAAAGCAGUAUUCUAUACUUUAUUUAUGUUAUUAGAAAUAUUAGAGGUAUUAGCGAGACGGUUGUUUUAAAUUUAUGUUCAAACUUACUUAAACCGGUGAUAAACGUGAUAUUAAGAAUAUUUAGUCACUUUCGAUUGUUACUUAAUACGCCAUUCCAAUGAUUGGCAGCUUUUUUUUAUUUUUUUUUGUUUAUUUAUAACCCCCAGUUAUUUGUAAGGGAAAUAUAAUUUACCCCCAAACCAAAUUUUACACUAAAAUGUGAAUAAAUUAAAUAAAAGGAAGUUUUUUUAUUUUGUUUAAAAAGUACUUCGGAUGCGACCGCUGUCACCGUAUUAUGGAAACAUUUUUUUUUUUAAACGUUACGUUAUAUUUAUAAAAUGUGUUGUCAUUUAAAAUGAUUUAUUUCUGUGUUGCCAUAUCAAAAACAAUUAAAACUGGUAAUUGUCGUUUCGUUGCUAUUUUCAUAUGGAAAUUAAUAUAUCAAAAUUAUUAGAUUUAGCUCGUUCUAAGUAUUCUCAAUCAAUGUAUUGUGUGUCUUAAUAAUAUUUACUUAAUGUUCACUGUCACUAGAGGCAUUUAGUUUAAUAUUAUAUAACUAAACUAUAAAUAUUUCUUGUUUAAUAUAUAAUUUAAAAAGUAUUUUUAAUAAUUUUGUUAAAUGUCAUAGUAGUAUCGGACUACCUGAACUCACUGCCUGUUCAUAAUGUAAAUAUGUUUCACUACAUUUGAGUACAAUGAUCAUGUGCCUUACAAACACUGAUUACCCCGGGCGGGGUAAGGGGUAAGCUGUGUUUGUUUUACACUUUAUACACGGGGACUGAAUUAUUUUAUGUAAAUUAAAAAUAAAAUAAGCUUACAAAAAUAUCAUAGCGAUUUUAUAAUGGCAACAUUUUCAAGGUAAUAAGAAUUGUAUUUAAAAUAUGCUUUUUAUAUAAAAUUAUUGCAAUUUAAAUUACAAAUAUGUAGUCAUGUUACACAGUAUUGCCAUUAGUUUUGAUUUUCCGUUUGAAUUUGAAAAUAUACUCGGCUGUAUUGUAUCAAGCGCUGGUGUACUUAGCUGGUUACCUAAGUAUUUGAUGUUAGUAUUGUCAAAGGUUAUGGGUGAUGAGAAUAUAGUAUUUAUUAUAGAUAUAAUUAUUUUUUUAAUAAUAUUAGACCUAAGAUUUUUAUAAGCAAUUGUAUGUGGAUAGUAUUUCAAGAAUGCCAGUUUGUUUCGAUUAAAAUGUUAAAUUGUAAGCGAUGCUUCAGAACAUGUGUUUGAUUGUCUCUUGGUAGUAUUUUUAAUGUAUUUUGCAAUAAACUCUCAGUUUGUCUUUAAACUUCUCCCGUAAAUAAAAAGAACAGUUUAAAUCUA